UCAAACUUGGGACCUUGUGCUUGCAAAGCAGGCAGUGGAACCACUGAGCUAAAUGCCCAGCCCUCUGGGCUGUGGUUUCUACUGUGCAACCCUCAGGACCCCUUAGGUUGGUGACUAUUUCUGACUUCUCCCUUACUUUUGAAAGUUAUUUUGGAGAAUGUGGAGCACACCCACGAGAGACCAGUAAGAUAAGACUCCAUGUCCCACCUUCCAGUCCCCAGACCACGGCGUGAGCCAUGACAGCUCACCUAGACCACCACCAACCACCAACCUUCCUUCAGUAGGACUUUAAGCAAUUCUAGACAGGGAUCAUCCAUAUCCAGUUAAGAAAUUAAAAAGUAAAACUUUACAAAGCAUCAUUCAAACAGCACUUUGCACCUAAAUGAACAGCAUUUCUUAAUAUCAGACUGUGCAGCCCACAGAGGUGUGAAACAAGCCCUGGCCUUGAAAUCUGUACUGAGGUGCACGGGGGAGCAAGGGGGGCUAAGAGGUCAGAUGUCAGCCCCACCUCUGCAGAACCCUGGAGGAUCUGCAUCCAGGGACGAGGGUGCUGGGGAGGUGGGACACGGGCCCCUACCUCUGUGACCAUCCCUCUUCCUGUAGCCAUUUUGAUUUAUAUUCAUUAAUUCAUUUCAUUAAUCCAUUUGUUUGAAUGGUAUGAGCAGAGCGGCAGAGCCCCAGGAGCCCGGCAGGGAAUAUGACAUGUGGGCCAAGCUUUCCAGUCACGAAUGUAUUGGAAAAUAGGCCAGCGACAGAACCAGGGAUCGUUAAGGAAGUCGAGGUACAGCAGGCUGCCCUGGGUGUCCCAGCCCGUGGGACAGGGGACAGUGGCCACACGCCUGUGGCUGAGGAGGAGGCAGGCAUCCCAAUCCCAGCACCAGGUCUCCUGCAGGUCACAGAGAGGAGGCAGCCCUUGAGCAGUGUCUCCUCUCUGGAGGUCCACUUUGACCUCCUGGACCUCACUGAUCUCACAGACAUGUCAGACCAGGAGCUGGCCGAGGUGUUUGCCGACUCUGAUGAUGAAAACCUGACCAGUGAAUCCCCAGCAGGUCUGCACCCAUUGCCCCGAGCAGGCUGCCUGCGCUCCCCCUCCUGGACAAGGACUAGGGCCGAACAGAACCACGACAAGCAGCCCCUUGGAGACCCAGAGCGGCAAGCUGCGAUCAUGGACACAUUUCUCACCGUGGAGGGGCCCAAGGAGGACUAGGCUGUCGGCACUGCUGGGCCACCUACCCUCAUGAUGGCAAACACAGACAGUCCUGGCCUGGCAACACGUGCACCCUCCCCACAAGGGUCCAGCCACCAUCUCUUCAUGGUAGCCAGGAAAGUGCUGCCAGCCACAGGCUUCUGGGCAUGCAGCACAAGCACAGCCCAGUGGCCUUACCUCCAGCUGCUGCCUGGGCCUGGACAGGGCCAUGACGUCACUGCUCAGGAUGAGACGAGCACAGCCUGGGCCUUCUGAAACCUUCUGUCCACAGGACCAGGGCUCACAUCAGCCCCGAUCUCCACAGGUCCUGUGCCACUAGGCUUAGCAGCCAGAGUGGGCCUUGUGUGGCCCGCGAGGUGCUCUGCCUUCAGCCACAUAUGGGACCAGGGCAAACAUCUCCACCGCACUCUCCAGUUUACCCACCCCUCUGCCCCAGGGAGGCACUGCUGGUACCAGGGCCCCCUCCCCAGCAAGCUUCAAGACCUGUGUCUGUCCCCUUGGUCCCAGGUGAGAGCAAAGGGGUGAGCCUGGUGCAUCUCCCCAGCUUGGAACACCAAAUGCGGCCCACUGCCCAAGAGCUUAGACGGUUGGCAGGGCUCAGCCUCUCCCACCAACCCUCGAGCCCAACCCCGUGUUCCACAACUGGCAGUUCCACACAGGAGGCGGCCUGGCUCUGUGUGUGUGUGGAAAGGGCCAGGCCCACUGCUCUCUGGAAAGAUGGAUAUUCACUGCAAACGGACAGACAGGCAUCUGGACUGACCACAUACCAAGACUGCUUCUGAAGCAGAAGUUCAAGCUUGCUUUCCACCCGCAAAACCGACCUGCCCUCUUGUCCCCGGCUGAUGCUUCCGGGGAAGGCAGCAGGCCCCAGACUUUGCUCCCACCAGACACUCCUGGAGACCAGGCGGCAGGCCUCCUGCCGGAAGUUCCCUUUCCCAGCUUCCCUCUGCAUUGGUGCCACUCCCCACACACCAGACCUCCCAGGGAACACUGUCCCUGCUUCCCCAGGGACACAAAACCACAUCACCUCUGCAGCGCAUCCCACGCCUCCCCCUUUCCUUCCUGCUGUAGCUUGCAUAGCACACAUUCAGUGGGAUUAAAGUUUCACCACCGU